GCUUGUGUGUGGGUUGCUUAAUUGCUUAUCCCCGGUGGAAUUCGCUGCAAGUAAUCUUCUUCAAACCAUAAUAAUAUGAUGCCGCUUUUGGUAUGCUUUGAUGUUUUUCCUCCAACCACGCUGCACAGCUCUCCCAGUGGAUGGUUGAAUGUUUCAAGGCUUAAAAAAAAGCCAACUUCACUGUAAUCGAUCAAAUUGGACAUUCCUGUACACUCGCUCUCUUUCACGCCACACAACUUCGUUGCAGUGGUUUACUCGUUGCGGCAUACUUCGAUAAUGACAUCAACACCCACUCGCAUCGCUUGCUAUGAUUGACUUUUUCAAUUCGCAAUCCUGCAAUUCGAUACCGAAAUUAUAAGUCAGGCGUAAUCGUAUCGUCAGGUGGGGCACAGGACAGGGCAAGGAAAUGGAAUGCAGUUUUCGGCUGAACGGGAAGGGGACAUAAAACACAUCCAGUGUAGUAGUGUGUAUGCAUUGGGGAAUAAUUUUGCGCCAAUAAAAAUGUGGCGCGAGGAGGAACGCAGUUUGAGCAGGAAACUGCAGUUCCGACCGACGGUUUUCGGUACGGUUCGUUGAGCGCAAGGUUCAUUGCGCUACGGAUUGAUAAUUGUAAAGCGAAUACGCAUUACGCGUGCUGGCCCAAUCCCGCGAACCCAUGAACGGUUGCAAUUAUGCGAUUGAACAUUUUGUAAUUUUCAUUGAUUGCAGCGCACUGCCGGUGCCACGGAAAUCGUUCAUUGAAUCGUUCUGAAAGCUCGCGAAGCUUCUAAAUGUACGUCCAGAAACGCGUAGUUCCACGAAAAAGGGCUCUCGGGAUACACGGAUAGCGCCAGCGCUAUGUUUCGCCUCGAUGCGCACCAGCCGAAUGGAGCGUUUCAAAUGCAAACAAAUUGAAUUUGUGCGCCUUGCGCUAAUCGAUUGCUACAAACAGUUCCCGAGAAGCGAGACACUUCGAUUAAAUGAUGCUUUUAAAGCGCUCGUUUUGGUCUUUUUGCUGUCCAACUUCAGCAGUGCACAAGAGAAGCGUUUCUUUACUUUCUUUUAUCUUUUUUUUGUAAAGCCAAACACCGUUGCGGUUUUGUCACACAGUGUGCUGUACGUGGCGUGUGUUUCACCACCACCGUCUUUUGCGUUGGAUUUUCUCAUGUCCAAAUAUAUUAACCACCGAGACCGAAGUGACGUUAAUUGUUGGCUUUCGCCGGCGUUAUGCUACGACAACACGUCAAGCAGCAAAAGGGGGAAAAAGGGGAGUGUUCAAAAAUACGACAACACCGCAAACCGUUUAAAGGGUGCGAUAGGAGGGUGGGGCUGGAAAAAUAAAACUCCCGACCCAGGCGGCAGAAUCGUAGAAUGGUUCGGUAAAAAUUAAAUUAAGUGUUUAUCAAGGUUUUGCUGAGCUAGUUGCAUACAGUUAGGGGUAAUCGGUAACAAUGAAAUCGCUUUGAAAUAUGUAAUUUGUAUUUAAUUAAAUUUUUCAUUUUAAAUAUAAAAAAAUCCUAUUGAAGCGCCAAAAAGUAUGCUACCCACUCAACAGGAACAUUAAAAUGCGCCUAAAAGUAUGCAAUUUGCAUGAAAAGAACAUAUUUUAUUUUUAUCAAAAAUUUCAAAUUGAAACGCCCGGAAGUAUGCAAUACGACAAGAUAAUCUUAUCUCAAAACAGAAGGAAUAUGCUUACUAACAAGGUGUCGUCACCUGGGAAUGUUUAUAAAAGCAUGAAAAAAAGGAUAAUAGCGCUUGACACUGGAAACCACCAAUUAUCGAAUAAGGAUACCGUGUACAGCCGUCCGCUCGCGAGCCUUUAUCCAUCCCUGGCGGCUUCAGCAACCUGCACCACCACUUCACGGGUAAAAGUAUCCCUAAUUGGACGGUAUCCCCUUGUGUAGGGAGAAUCAUUUUGAAUAUCAAAAGAAGAGGGGGGAACCUAUCGUCCGUCUCCAGCACUUCUCGUGUGCACUUUCCGCCCGAAAGUGGAAAAAGUGAAGAAGCGAAAGCUGCUACACGUGAACCAGUGGCCAGAAGGUUUAAUUCUUCCCCGUUUCAUCUAAUUCAUUACCGCGGGAACAUGAGCGCGAGAAAUUUGUUACGGGCAAAAGGGGUGAGAGAUUUUCCACCGACCACGGUCCCACGGUCAGGAGCCGACAAGGGCCGUCCCACCGGCGGCCGGGCUAGCAUUUAUGAAACCCUCGGUGAUGAAUUUUUCAUUCCGUUUGCUGCUUCCCGUUUGUUCCAUACGCUUGGCAUAGCAGGUGUGUGGAGAAGGCCUGGGUCGCGUGUGAGAGAAAUGGAAAACUCGUUUAAAAGCAGCUCGUACGAACACUUUCGGCAUCAUUCCCUAAGUGGUUUUUAAUAACUUCAUUCGGACUACGAGCAGUGCUGACUGGUUGCUGGAGCUGACAAAAUUUCGGACUCUAGGGGUGUGCCUGAAAAUUAGAAGAACCAAAAAAAAAGCAAGAAGUCCCAGCGACGACAAAUGGAGGUCCUCAACUGUCCGCUACUGUCGGUGAAUGUGCGCGUGUGGCGCUUCUGGUCAUUCGUGCUGGUGCACAACUGGCGACGGUACAUCAGCAUCAUCCCGGUGACGGCGCUGAACGUGUUCAUGUUUGCCGACCUGUACCGGGCCUGGGGCAACAUCGAGGAGGUCAUUAUUAAUGCUUAUUUUGCGGUGCUCUAUUUCAACGCGGUGCUGCGCACGCUGAUACUGGUGUACAAUCGGGACAAGUACGAGUCAUUCCUGGCCGGUGCGGCCAGCGUGUACGAGGAAAUACGAGCUAUCAACGAUGACGUCAUCAGUAAACUCGUCUCAACGUACACUAAAAGGGCACGCUUCCUGUCCAUCUCCAACCUGGCGCUCGGUGCGUUCAUCAGUGGGUGUUUCGUUGUGUACCCACUGUUUACCGGGCAGCGGGGCCUACCGUACGGGAUGUUCAUACCGGGCGUGAACAAUUUCGACUCACCGCAGUACGAAAUCUUCUACAUCACCCAGCUGGUGCUGACGUUCCCCGGGUGCUGUAUGUACAUUCCGUACACGAGCUUCUUCGCCUCGAGCACCCUGUUCGGGCUGGUGCAGAUCAAAACGUUGCAGCAUCAGCUGAAAACCUUCCGCAGCUCGGAAAUGCUCAACGAAAGCACGGUGGUGCUCAACCGAAAGCUUCAGAAGCUGAUCGAAGAUCACAAGCGAAUCAUUCGCUAUGUGCAAGAUCUUAACGAUCUGGUGACCUACAUCUGUCUGAUAGAGUUCCUGUCGUUCGGAUUAAUGCUGUGCGCGCUGCUGUUCUUACUUAAUAUUAUCAGUGUGAUGGCUCAGAUCGUUAUCGUUGGAGCGUACAUUUUCAUGAUCCUCACACAAAUAUUUGCCUUCUACUGGCACUCGAACGAGGUGCGGGAGGAAAGCAUGGCCAUCGCACAGGCCUCGUACAGCGGACCGUGGCUGAAUGUGGAUGACACUAUUAAAAAGAAGCUUCUCAUGAUGACGAUCCGUGCCCAGCGUCCACUAGAGAUCACAGUCGGUAACGUGUAUCCGAUGACGCUGGAAAUGUUUCAAUCACUGCUGAAUGCGUCCUAUUCGUACUUUACGCUUCUGAGAAGAGUUUACAAUUAAAAGAUGGCAAUGAUAGCAUAAGCUUAACGCGAUAAGUUUAGAAGCAUAGUACGCCCACCAACGCCCACCCACAUACUUACAACUUUACACUUUAAUAACCACAAAAAAGGCUACGGGAGCCCAGUAAAGAGCAGGCAGGAAGACUAAAAGCCACCGAAAAUCGUGAUAAAUCAUCCAGCCAGCUCAUCAUCGUCAGCAUCGCUCCACCUUUCUGUUUGGUGAUAAAUUCAUCCCGAUGGUGCAAGUUUUGAGUCCCUAAACUUUGCUCUUAAUCUCCACUUCAAGCAUGAAGUGCUUCUUUUGUGUGGGCGUUGAUUACGUGAUACGAUUAUUGUUCGGUUGUUACUUUUCAUUCUUGGCGUGUGCUGUGGACGGUUUCCGAUUAUUUGCCGGCUUUGCAUACGCACGCUGGCCGGUGGCAUUUUUUUAAUGGAAGUGUAUGAGAGUGAAGUGUCGCAGUUGAUGCUAUUAAUUACACUGUGUAGUGUGUGCACGUUGGUACAGUUUUGAUAUUCAUCACUUCAAUUUUCAAUGCUAUUUUACAAGCAAAUUGAAAUGCAGAUGCAUAUUUUUGUGAUUUUUUGAACACCUCAUCUGCUGAGAAAAUAUUCUUAUUAUCUUCAAAGAGAGAUCCAAUCCGCACCAACGAACAAAGCAAAAAAAGGAUCUCGUGAUUCAUCAAUUCAGCAUGGCACCAUCAUUCAGUUGUUUGAAAUAUUGCAUACAAAUGUUGAUGUACGCUUUAUGGAAUGGUUAGCUUUAUGGCUGUGCUUUUAUGGUACCUCCACAUGAAAUAUUUCAGCCAAGGGUGUUGCGAGGAUGUAGAAUCCCGCCAUGCAAAUGACAGCGAUUUGCGAGGGCGCGCAAGAGCUCGCACGCCAUACAAGUUUACAGCCCCAGAGCCUUCGCAUUGAAGAGAUUGCGAGCCUAGGCAGUUUUUUCGUCCUUAGUUUUAACAGUUAUAAUUAUAGCACCCCAAGAACAGGUACAACAGUGUUAUUUGUACCAUACUAAACACCUCAAUUUUGACAUUUUAUUUUGCAAAAAUCCACAAUAAUUGAAAUAGUGAUCUUUUUGACGAAAAACACCGCAAAAAAAUUAUAAAUACAUAAUAAAUACUAUUUAACAUACCAUAAAAUUUCGAGCAGAUGAUACUACUCGUAACCCUCGCAAUGUUUAACGGGAUUGU